AUGGAAAGCAUUACAAUUGAUGAUACUUUCCUAACGGGGUCAGAAGGUGUCACCUUAUUUAUCGACGACAAGACGCUGGCUGGUACUCCAGCACCUGUGGCAGCAUCAACUGUAGUGAAAGCAAGGUCUCCAAGGGAUAAUGGUGGAUCUUUCUUAAACAGCAAAUCUGUGAUCAUUACGGAGGUGGAUAGCGAUGGCUCUGGCAGUGACCGAUCUUCACUUGGUCUGUUACCAAGUAACUGCUUGUUGGAAAUUGAGAAUGAUCUUCUCCGAGAAGGGAGUAUAUGCUUGAUUAAAGAUGCUGCAUCAGCUGAUACUCGUGCACUUGCCAGUUCAUCCUCCGUGAACAGCAGCAAGAAGAAUCAGCUAAUGGAUUCACAGUCCUCUAGAGAAUACACCUGUGACACCAAUGAAUUCUUGACCACAGUGAAAAAGUGUCCUCAAGAUGCAGGCAGAUAUAAACCACAAGCCCUGUUUCAAAGUGUUCAAGAGGAAGAUGAGUCCAGGCUCAACAGUUCAAGCCCUACACAGAGAGAUCCUCAAGUGCAACACGGGAACAACUGGGAUAAUACUGAAGCUCAGAAGAAUGCUGAUUCAGGCAUGGGUCAGGGCACUUUUACCGGCAGCCAGACAGAUUCCAGGAAGCAGAGUUCGGAAGUUUGGGGUGGCAGUGAAACACAGAAGAGUGGAGACUCCGGUGUGGGACAGGUCACCUUUGCAGGCAGUCAGGUGUCGGCUGUCAUUGGAGCUGUCUUCAGUGGCUUGGGUAUCCCACUGAGGCGUUCAGCUGGGAGGGCCAACUUUCCUGUUGAGGAAUUCAACUUACCCCACACUGAGGAUGAUGACGAUGCAGAUCAGUCUGUUUAUCAGGUAUGUCUUCUUUUGUGUAUUCUUUUAGAUGUUAAUUUGUAUUCCCCCUAUGGGUUGCAUAGUCCCCAUUGUGAAGGGUCAAGGAAAAAUAGACUUAACUGCUGCUUAGUGGUAAAUGCCAUGGUGUAA